AGAGGUGUGUUUGUCUGCAGUGUCCCUCAGUACAAAUGAAGAUAUAGAGACGUCACAGCUAUCACUGGUGUCCGUCCAUGAGGACAAGACUCUCCCGUGUAAUCAUCCAGAACCAGCAGACAUCGAAGACGCUGAGGCUCUGAAAGUCCCUCGUUCAGAGGUGCGUCCCUCUCUAAUGGAGGUGGAGAACCAUGGUGUCCUCGGUGUAUGUCCAGAGUUUCUAGACAACAAGAGAGUGGAGGACCAGGUGGAGGUGAUGGGUUUAUCACACCUGGACACAGAGACAAACCAAAUUGAGACCAUCCAGGGUUCAGAGGCAUGUACGUCUUUAGUGUCUCUGCGUACAGAAACCAUUCUGAGUCAGACGUCCAUCCGUCCAUAUUCACAGUCUCUGGUGGAUGAGAAAGCUGAGAACCAUUCUGUCCCGUUGACAAAGACCUGUCCUUUCUCACAGUCCCAAGAAAAAGAGGAACAAGUGGACCUGGGUGUCCAGGGUUUGAAGAUGUCUCCAGCACCAGAGUCUAUAGAUGGAGAGGAUCCUGGUGACCAAACUGACCAUGGGUUCAAUGUGUUACCAUCACAACAGUCUGUGGACGCAGAGACAUCUCUAGACCACAUGGUGAAGGGUUCAGGUCCAUGUCCACCUCUAAUGUCUCAUCGGGGUGCUGACCAGAUAUCUUUGUAUCCAGAGACGUGUCCACAUCCAGAGUCCGUGGGCUCAGAGGACACCAAGAACCAAGACCUUCUGUCUUUGUCUUCAGACAGUGUAAUGCUUUCAGAGACAUUUCUAUCCACAGUCUUUUCAGAGGAGGUCAACGAGACUCCGCCCACUUCUCAUUUCACUCAGACUAGGUGUGCGUGGACAAAUGACGACCAGUGUCAUGUACGAGGACACACGGAGACUGUGGACCUUUUCAGUCUGCGCCAGCAUCUAAGGACACACGACACGGGAACCGAUGGUGCCUGUCCUGCUGCUCAGCUGUCUCACCAGAACAAACUAGAACGCCGGGCUCAUCUCAAGGCUAAUCUGAAAAUCAAGGAAUUGAAAUACCCCGUCUUCACCAAUCAGACUUCAAAAACAGAAAGGACUGAGAUGGAAAUAAACGAUGGCAGCACAAUCCCCUUUGGUCUGACUGUCCCCAGACAGCAGGAGAAACAAAUGUCUCCACAGACUGAGGACACUUCUCUGUCUCCUGUGAGACAGUCUGCAGAGCCUCCAAAACUCAAUCCCUGGAAGACAACAAAAGUGAAGGUCAGCCAGCAGCUGGACGACGAAGGGUUCCCUCCUCUGCAGAGAGGUCCAGUAAAGGAGGACAAGCCUGUAGGACACAGGACAACAGGGACUAAAAGGAGAUCUCACCGCUCUUGAGCUGAUGUAUGUUUUGGACUAAUUCUCCCCAGACCAGAAGCCCCUGUAAAAACCAGAAAGGAGAAACGGCAGACAAAGGGAAAGAUUGUGUUUAUUCCCUCAACAACAGAGGACACACUGUCCCCCGUGGUACAGUCUGGGACACAGACAGAGAGAGAGACACCUGAUAGUGACACUGUCCAGAGUUCAGAGGUGUUCUUUAUAGUUCUUUAAAUGUGGAAACAAACCUGAUCCCACAGCCAGAGGUUCACCAUCCUAGUUCUACG